UUGUAUUCAUCUGAGGCCUGGAGGGAGACGCCAGGGGACCCCAGCCUCCAGCAACACAAUCCAGACUCACCUUCUGCCUCUCUACUGUAUACUUCCAAUCCUCAUGAAGUCCUAACUAGGUCUGAGGUCCUACAGACAACCAUGAAACAACACAAGCACCCAAAAGCCUCUGAAUCUGCAAUGCCAACUGCAAGCCCACACCCAGCUUCCCUGACAGAAUACCAGAAAGCCAACCUUAUGAGAGAACUGUCUGGAUUGAAAGCUCUCUGGGAAACCACAGUGCAAAAUGAGAACCCUCAGAUCUAUGCACUUCCAAUCUCGAACCCUUGCCAAUUCACAGUUCCCAUGACAGAACCUCAAGAAACUGACCCUCCAGGAACUCCCCUGGAUAUGAAAUUCAGUGGAGAAUCAUACAACAUAAAAGAUAACCCCCAAGCUUUUGAUCCCCCAAUGCCAGCCUCCUGUCAACCACCAGGUUCUCUGUCAGAAGUAAGAAAUGUUAACCCCAAAGGAGGACUUUCUGCACUGAAGGACUUCUGGGAAAUGGGACAUAAAGAGAAACCGCCUAUUUCUAAGUCUCCAGUGUCAGCCCCCUGCCCUCUUCUAGAUACCCUGUCAGAACACCAGAGAGAGACCCUAAAGGACCUGUCUGGACACGAGCCUUUUGAAACUCCAACCUUGGACUUCAACAUGUGGUUCUAUGAAACCAUUCCUGCAUGUGUCCCAUUGGGAUCUGAGACUCCAUUGAAAGGUAAACCUAGCACAGAAAAUCUUCGUGUCUAUGCAGACCUAGUUUCAGCUCCUAGCCUUCCCUCUGUCUGUCUGCCAGACUUUGCAAUGUUGGGCCCCCAAAGAGUCUUUUUAGAGUCUAAAGCUUUAUGGGAGACCAAGGGGCAGAGAAAGAAGCUAUGGGUGUGUGAUUCCCCAUGUCCUGACCAUGUACCACCUAUAGCCCCCUUUUUAGAACCACACAGAAUCAAUACUGUGGAUACUUCCCCUAGAUCAGAAGCUACAUGGAAGGAUACUGAGCAUACAAGAAAAUGUUUGUCUUCUGAGUCUCCAUUUCUGAACCUCAACCCAUCCCCAGCUCUUGUACAGCCACCCCUCAGAGUUAGCCCCAUGGAGAACCCAUUUACAUCUAAAGUUUGGUGUGAGAACAUUCAAAGAAAAAAUAACUUCUUGGCCUCUGAGCGUCCCGUGCAAAACUUAUCCCAACAUCUAUUUGGAGCCAGCUCCUCGGGAGUCCUCUCUAACCCAGCUGGAGGGUACAUGAAGCAGAAUGAAAACUGUUGUGUUUUUGUAUCCUCAGUUUGGGAAUCCAGCUCACCUCCAAACUCUAUUUCAAAGUCUCACAUAAGUGAGCCUAAUGGAAACCCGUGCAACUGUAAGCCUAUGGAGUCAGCGUCAGAGCAGAGAAAGGACUCCUGGGCCACUAAGCUACCAGCCUCCAGCUUUCUCUCUGCUCCAUCACAAGAGCCACACCCUGACAUUGAAUUUAUAUGUAGAAAUGUACAAAAAACAGAGGCCUCCCAGACCCCCGGUCCUCUGGUAAUGAAUCCUCUGCAACUACCAUCCUGGCCUCCCAUUCUAGCUAAAGCCCUGAAGUCUGAACCUAACCAGUGUGGUCUACAGAAGGAAGAGAUGCUCUCAGAAGCCAAGGCAAAGGCUCCAUCUUCCCAGGGUGGAACCGUCUCAGGGGUGUGUGACCACCCUGUGAGCCAUGCCUGGCAAUGGAGUAGAGAAUUAAAGAUCAGACUAAAGAAACUAAAGCAGAGCCCCAUUCAAAUCCCGGGCCCACAACACUCACUUUGCAGCCCCCCAGCCCUUAACUCCCCAACUGCAGAAUCUUGGGGACUCUCUUGUUUCCCACAUCAGACUCAUCUUCUCAGCAUGCACUCCUGCUCUCCAAGUGGUGAUCCCUCAAAAGUUCAAAGGACAGAACCUCAGUUUGUCCAGACCCCUCACCACCCUCACCCUUCUAGCAAAGCAGAACAAAAGUCUCAAAAAAACAAGGGGAUUAAAGGGAAGGUAGUAGUCCAGACACUAUCCCCAGGGAAUGUUCAUGCAAAGGCUAAUGAAAACUGCUUAGGAAUGGGAAAGCCCUCAAAUACAGGGGCUCUGGUCUCUAGCAAGAGACGUCGAGACAAGACUUUAGCACUACCUUCAGCCCAAAAGAAAGGGAGUCCCAGAAAAUCCAAAGCAGAGAAAUGUGAAGGAAGGACUAAAAGACUGGGAUCAUCCACUGCCACAGGGAAAAAUAACCCCGCCCAGGCAAGUAGACCAACAGAGAUCCCUAUACACAGAUUUCCUAAAAAGUCUCAGGAUAGAGCUCAGCGUUAUCCACACGCUGUUCUUGCUCAGCAGUUUCUCUCAAAUGCUGUUGGUCCCCAGGAUCAACAAAGGGCAGGCUGGGUAGCUGGUGAUACACAGAAGCCUCACUAUUGUAAGCACUGUGCUUGGGCCCCCAAGGAGAAGCAGCUCCCAUCCUCCACACUCCAGCGUCCCCCUAACAGAGGUUUUCAAAGGUUGUUAGCUAAAUUUCUAGGUGUCCGUAGACGCCUGCCAACUAAACCCAGUCAGAAAAGUAUGAUAGUACUGGCACCCAGUAUCUCACAACCUGAACCAAACCAGGUGUGGGUACAGAAAUAA